AACAUACAGUGUGCUGUGUUGGUGGUUAAACUGUGUUGUCUCUACAAACUGUAGCUUCUGUCCGACUGUGAAAAACAGCAGAAAUGGAGGCGCAGAGGUGUUUUCUCUUCUGGCUUCAACUUUUCACAGCUUACCUGGUGUUUGCGGUGAAAGGGGAUCCCUGCGCAGUGAACAUGUGCAUCAAUGGAGGAACUUGCGUGACUGGGACAGGAACUCCGUUCAUCUGCAUCUGCCCUGAUGGCUUUUCAGGAGAUCUCUGCAAUGAAACUGAGACAGGACCAUGCAGCCCGAACCCAUGUGAAAAUGACGGCAUCUGUGAGGUGAUGAGCCACACCCGCCGAGGUGACGUCUUCAGCGAGUACGUCUGCAAAUGCCAGACAGGUUUUGAGGGGGUUCACUGCCAGACCAGUGUCCAGGGAGCAGAUUUAAGUUCAGAAAAAGAUGUAAAUGACUGUGCCGCGCAGCCAUGUGAGAAUGGUGGUAUCUGCAGGGACCUGGACGGAGACUUCAAAUGCCACUGUCCUUCGCCUUAUGUGGGCAAACAUUGCCAACUGCGCUGCAUCUCUUUGCUCGGCAUGGAGGGAGGGGGCAUCGCUGAGUCCCAGAUCGUGUCCUCGUCAGUCCGCUACAGUCUGCUGGGUCUGCAGCGCUGGGGGCCUGAGCUGGCACGCCUCCACAACAAAGGGCUGGUCAACGCCUGGAGUGCAGCUGCACAUGACAAGAACCCAUGGAUAGAGAUUAAUAUGCAAAGAAAGAUGCGCUUCUCAGGCAUCGUCACCCAGGGUGCCAGUCGUAUGGGCACCGCAGAGUUCAUUAAGGCCUUCAAAGUGGCCUCCAGCUUGGACGGCAAAACCUACACCAUGUACAGAACAGAGGGACAGAGAAAAGACCAGGUGUUUGUUGGGAACGUGGACAAUGACAGCACCAAGACCAACUUGUUUGACCCCCCAAUCAUUGCCCAGUACAUCCGCAUCAUUCCUGUGGUGUGUCGCAAAGCCUGCACCUUACGCAUGGAACUGGUGGGCUGUGAACUCAACGUGUAUUCAAACACUUCAGGUUGUUCAGAACCGUUGGGCAUGAAGUCCAGGUUGGUGUUGGACCGCCAGAUCACCGCCUCCAGCACCUUCCGCACUUGGGGGCUCGAGGCCUUCACCUGGCACCCACACUACGCUCGGCUGGACAAACAAGGAAAGACCAACGCCUGGACCGCCGCCACCAACAGCCGCUCUGAAUGGCUGCAGGUGGACCUGCUGUCUUCUAAGAAGAUAACAGGAAUCGUUACACAGGGGGCGAAAGACUUUGGCUGCAUUCAGUUUGUCACAGCUUUCAAAGUUGCCCUCAGUAAUGAUGGAAAGACCUGGACUAUAGUGAAGGAUGAGACCACAGGAACAGACAGGAUCUUCCCAGGUAACAGCGACAACAACGUUCACAAGAAGAACCUGUUCGAGCCCCCGCUCUACAGCAGAUACGUCCGCUUCCUGCCGUGGGAGUGGCACGAGCGCAUCACCCUUCGAAUGGACCUUCUGGGCUGUAAUGAGUAGUGCCACCCAAAACCCACCUCCUUUACUCUCUACCCUCCUCUCCUCUCCUCCCUCUCCUGAGCCACACCUGCACUGCCUUGCUCUCAGCCCUAGGGGGCAGCAAACAACAGUGUAGCACACCACCAACAACCUGGCUGGUCAGAGGUGGUUGUUACUCACUACCACUGAAAGCACUAGUUAUCGGAGCUCACUUUCCUUUUACUUCCUGACCUGUCUUCAUAUCUUUUUGCUAAAUUCAAAGUAUUGAUUCUUUCAUUCCUGUAUGAGAAGUCAGAGGUGACGAUGCUGCUGGAGUUGUGCUGCUUGAACUCUGAUCUUUGAUCAAUUCUACCUGAACACUGAACCUCCAGGACCCUCAGCUGUUGACCUUUUUUAUCCCACCACUCCAUCUCUGAACUCAUACAGACCAUAGAAAAUAGUUUUUCUUUUCCCAGAAGUUGAUCCAUCUUUUAGGUAUUUUAGCAGAUCACCUGAACUUUGACUUCUCAGAUCUGAACAUGUUUGCUGUGCUUCAGUUGCGGGACAGAAAAUUUGUUUUCAAAAUUGUAAAUAGUUAAAGGGUUUUCUUUACUUAGAGGAAACUCUGAAUCAGCUCAAGGUUUCUCAGCCUGUGCGCUAAAACGUUCUCUGCAUUUACCUGUAUUUGUUUGGACUGAAAGGUCAAUUUGUUCUCUAUUCUUCACCAUCCAAUGUGUAAUCAGAGUAGAUGACAAUAGAAAAUGUAUAAAGUAAUUUCUACUAAAAUAUGUCAGUGCUUAUGUAAAGUUUUACUUCUCUUGUGCCAACACAUCCUCAGAAAUGCAUGUCUGUGGGUUUAUUUUCAGAAGAAUUUAGUGAAAGCUCCAGUGAUGCUGACUGUACACAAAGGUGGAACAUUGUUUUAUCGAUCAUAAUCAACAAAGCAUGUCGGUGUUUCGGUUUAGCAGACAUGUCCAUGGAGACUAAUCUGAACAGAACUGUAAACAAAAUACAAAAAAAAGUGAUUGGAUAAAAAAAAUGCAGCAUUUUAUUUGUUUUUGAGUAAAUGGCAGAUGAGAGACAAAACUGCUGCUUUCAAAUACUAAAAUUAAAAACUCCUAGUUGAAAAUGUUACAUAAUUUUUGUUUUAUUUGGAAUAUAAACUUAAUUUGUCAUUUGUUCAGUUUAAGUCAUGGUGAGCUGGUGGUUUUGGCUUUUACAGGAUGUUUAGAUAACAAAUGUUUUUGGUUUAUUGCAAACAGCCAGUAAUAUUCAGCGAAACAUAUUUUAUAUUGAGACGUUGCUUCUGCUGUAGGUUUCUACAGACUGAUGGAUGUUCUGGUCUCAGGUCCAAGCGCUGUGUAGAGUUCUACUGAAUGCUAAUCUUUCACUAACCCUCGCUGUGCUUCUAGUUUGUGUUCAGUUUCACAUUUUUAUGGCACUUUGUUUUGUGUUUUUAAGAUUUUGUAAGAAUGAAACUCCAGAAGGAAACGUUUAAUUGUAUUACUUGUUUUAUAAAAUGACCAGUAAAAAUAUUCUGAUGUAAAUGUUCAGGUAAAAUAAUAAAAACUCUCCCAGACUGGGUGAAUUCUUUACAUUUUUGUUCAUAAAUAUAUAUAACCUGUAUAUUUGUGGGGUCUGCUGGUAUAUGUGGAUGUUAAUGUUUGCAGCAGAUAAUUUAUUAAUAUUUUAUAUUCUUAUGGGUGCAGCAUUAUUUCUCCGGUUCAAAGCUGCCCCCAACCCCAUAAGACUAACAGAGGAACCACAUAAAUUGGAUUUUUUACGGUUUCACCAAACCUGACGUGACCUGCCUCAUCUGCGUCCCCCUCCCCCCUCACAUUCUAAACCUUUUCAUCCCAUGAAUUAUGAAUUUUGGGCUUGUGCAAUAUUAUACAGUGUUAGUUUAGAUAACAAUGAAUAUUGAUUGGGGGGGCUUUAAAAAUGCAUGAGGGGGGACAGCAGUCCUGCUGAGAGGUCACAGAUGGAUGUUUGUGUCAAACACUCAUAUUUACAGUUUAUAAGCAGACAUUAACAGCUUCAUGUGCUUUAUUGUAAGGUUCAACCUGAAUGACUGACUUUAUUUCUCAUCUCAGUUCUGCUUUUCUCCAACUUAUCAAAUUCACAUUGUUUUAUUUUUUGUGGUUAUUGUGGAUUCAUUUCUUGACUUAAAAAUGUAUUUUGUAUUCCAAUAUUGUUUUUAACACUGUCUUUAUGUUUGGCCUUUGCAUUUUCCAGAUGAAAAAUUAAUAAAGAUCAUCAAAAUUACA